AGUGUUAUGCACCGCUAAAACCCUUGUUAUAGCGGGAUAGCGCAACUAUUGCCUGCUAUUGACUACUCUAAUCUGCAUAGUAAUAAUGUAAUGCAAAAAUGAAGGUUCUGUUUUGCAGUAAGGUAUAUUGUUACUUAUGGAGAAUGUUUUGCUAUGUUGCUUUGCACAAAAGGUUAACUUAUGCAAAAAGAAAGUUCAUAGUUUAUGACCAUUAUAUUGUAAUGCUAAGAUAGGACAUUGGAAUAGACAAGAAUCUGGAAUAUAAUGAAUCCAUGAUUAAAGGAUUUCCAUUACUUGAUAUUGAAGUUUUGUUCAUCUCAAAAGAAAUGUAAAAAAGUAUGCUUUUAUAUAUUCAUGUUCAUGUUCAUCACCUCAAAUUCCUCAAGUGUCUUGUUCUAUUCUCAAUCCCUUGAUUGUACGGCAAUAUUUUUUUUUCUUCGAUGGAACGCGAUGAGGGAAAACAAUCUUCUCAAAAGAAUCCAUACACAGAACUUGAGGAAGUUAGCUCUGACUUUCUUCUAGCAAUUGGUUUGCAAGAACAAGAGUUAGAGAGAACAACAAUCACAAAUCUAGCAACCAUUGAAAGUGAAAGCGAAGAAGAAGAUUUAUCAGACGAAGAAGAUUUAUCAAGCGACUCCUCUUUUAUUAAUGAUGAUAUUGGUGAUGCUGAUUUUACUUUGAGCCAGGAGUUCGAAGCAGAUCUCCGGUUUCUUGAAGACGAAGAAAGCAAUAUCGAUGACGACGAGGACUACGACGACGAUGAAAUGGAUAUAGAAGAAGACGAGGUUGAUCCCGAUGAAUUAUCGUACGAAGAGUUGAUUGAGUUAGGCGAGUUUAUAGGAGAAGAAGCAAGAGGAUUAUCAAGAAAGGAAAUUUCGGCUUGCUUAAAUCCUUAUAGUUGCAAAACUUCUGAAAGCAAAACUGGAAUAGAUCUUUGUGUGAUUUGUCAGAUUGAAUAUGAAGAAGGUGAAGCUUUGGUUGCACUUCAUUGUGAUCAUCCUUAUCAUAAAGAUUGCAUAAGCAAGUGGCUUCAAAUUAAGAAGGUUUGUCCAAUUUGUAGCAAUGAAGUAUCAAAUCCAAACCAGGCUAAGAACACUUGAUGACUUAUUAAGAUUUUUAAUUUUAUGUGUUUAAAAUUAUUGUAAUCUUCAUUUGAUUGAAAAACUGUAAUUGAAAAAUAAAAAAUAUUGAAGCUAGCUUUGUAUCUAUAUAAACAAUAUCAACCAGAAAACUAAAUUCUUCAUGUAUGCUCCAAAUUCCUAAAUGUAAAUUGAUUUGAAUAAUUUCUACUAAUCUGAAAAUGAAAGUGUUAUAUUA